AUGGCUGUUGCGGAGAUAUGUUCAAAUUCGCCGAAGAGGAAAAGUUGUUUCCUUGGAACAGAAAAUAGGACCCUUAAAUCAUAUCAUGUGUGCCAGCUGAUUACCAUUGUCUGCGUGUGGCGCCAUUUUUUGCUUUUGCUGCUAAUCAAAAUCAAGGAUGCCACUCCUGGCCAGCUGUUUGAUAAAAUGUCGACCCGCAGUUCCAAGAGGGCGCGAGGCGCCAGCGAUGGCGUCGACAGGCUCAGCAGCCUUCCCAACGAUCUGCUCCACCGCGUGAUGUCCUUCCUGCCGAUGCCGGAGGUCGUGCGCACAAGUCUGCUCUCGCCGAGGUGGCGCUAUCUCUGGGUCUCUACUCCAUACAUCCGCAUUGACCACCAGGACUUCAUGGAUGACAGCAAGCUCAAGAAUUUUGGGAACCGCCUGCUGCUCUUACGUGACGGUGCCACUUCCUUAGAUGAAGCCCGGAUCUCUGCCCACAAUGUUGUUGAUGGUACAACGUGUUGUGAGUGGAUCCGUCAUGCCAUCAUGCACAAAGUUCGUCUGCUUCAUGUUUCUGCAUAUGCCCGUUUGGAUAGCACAGCCAUGUUUCCUUCACAGCACCUCAAAAUAGUCAGGCUCAAAUCUAACUUGUUGAAACAUGGAUUCUUUAGGCAGCUGAACUGCGACUGCUCAGUGCUUGAACAUUUAGAGCUGGAGGGUUGCGGUUUGUCUGACGUAAACGAGAUCUCAUCGAGGUCCCUCAAGGUUCUACAUAUCAUUCGCUGCCAUAUCGUUAAGGGCCUCGUAAUUUGUGCUAGCAACCUUACCCAUCUCUCUAUCGUUGAACCAAGAUGUCGUUCUGGUGCUAUAGUAACUAGGGAUCUGCCUUCUCUAGUAACAGCUUCAGUUAGUCUGAGAUUCGACGAGUUUCAUUAUAAGGAAAACACAAUGCUGGGUCAUGGUCUACUUGAUGGCCUCUCACAUGCCACGACCUUGCAGUUGCAUGCACCAUUACCUGAGGAGGAAUGUAGAAAAUGUAAGGAAUUGGAAUCUGCUUUGCCAUCAUCAAGGGGAGCUCCGUCGUCAGGCGCAGGCAGCCACCCUUGCAUCGAGAGGAUCAAGAUCCACUGCCAGAAAGAAGAUCCAAGGGUCGGUGCGUUGGUGCAGGCAUUGUUACUGGUCAGUGAUGCGGAAAUUGGCAUCGAGCGUCGCUGA